AUGGGAAAAACACUUGACGAGAAGUUCGAAUCGGCUGUCUGGAUUAUUCAGGCACUGCCGAAAGAUGGACCCAUCAAAACCACCGUAACUGAUCAAUUGCUCAUGUACUGUUUGUAUAAGCAGGCAACAGUUGGUCCAUGUAACACGGCACAACCGUAUUUCUUCAAAAUCGAGGAACGACUCAAAUGGAAUGCGUGGAACGAGUUGGGUCAGUUGGAGAAGGCUAAUGCCAAAGCGAUAUAUGUCGAGAAGAUGUUGGAGUUGUGCGACAAGGCUGAAGCCGAACACGAUCUGAUGAAUUUCCUCAACGAUCCGAAGAUUGCCGAUUUGCUUCCGAAACAAAACGAGUUGCGUGCUCAUUUUGAGAAAUUGGGCCGUACGACUGUCAAAGGAUUCGAGGGGGAGACGGUGACAGUCAAUGGACAUUCGAUUACUUUCUGA